AUGGCGCAGGAUGCGGCCCCCGUCCUGCUGGUUGUCCUCGCCAGGCUGGUGUCAUCCACGUGGCACGAAGGGUCCGGCUACUACGCGGCCGAGAGCCACACCAAUGAAGUGUAUGUGGAAGAAGCCCCCCCCGAGCCUGCCCUGGACUACCACCGAGUGCCCCAAUGGUGUGCCACACUCAACAUCCACCGCGGAGAGGCCACCUGUUACUCGCCCCGGGGGGGAUCCUACCGCAGCACCCUGGGGACACGCUGUGAGCUGAGCUGCGCCCGUGGGUACCGGCUGGUGGGGCCCAGCGCCGUCCAGUGCCUGCCCAGCCGCCACUGGUCUGGGAUGGCAUACUGCCGACAAAUCCGGUGCCACGUGCUGCCAGCGGUGCUGCGGGGCUCCUAUGUCUGCUCAGCUGGCGUGCAGAUGGAUUCCCGCUGUGACUACACCUGCCUGCCCGGCUACCAGCUGGAGGGUGACCGGAGCCGCGUCUGCAUGGAGGACGGGCGCUGGAGCGGGAGCGAGCCAAUCUGUGUAGAUAUGGAGCCUCCCAAGAUCCGCUGCCCGGAAUCCCGGGAGCGGAUAGCCGAGCCGGGCAAGCUGACCGCCACCGUCUACUGGGACCCCCCCCGCGUGAAGGACUCUGCUGAUGGCAUCAUCAAGAGGGUGAUGCUGCGGGGCCCGGAGCCUGGCUCCGAAUUCCCUGAGGGAGAGCACGUGAUCCGCUACACUGCCCAUGACCAGGCGUAUAACCGAGCCAGCUGCAAGUUCAGCAUCCGUGUCCAAGUGAGGCGCUGCCCCGUCCUGAAGCCUCCGCAGAACGGCUACCUGACCUGCACCUCCGACGGCAACAACUAUGGUGCCACCUGCGAGUACCUGUGCGACGGGGGCUACGAGCGCCAGGGCACCUCUCUACGGGUCUGCCAGUCCACCCAGCAGUGGACGGGCUCCCAGCUCCUUUGUGCAGCCAUGCAGAUCAACACGGCCGUGAACUCGGCCGCCAGCCUGCUGGAUCAGUUCCACGAGAAACGCCGCCUCCUCGUCAUCUCAGCCCCCGACCCCUCUAACCGCUACUACAAGAUGCAGAUCUCCAUGCUGCAGCAAGCUGCCUGCGGGCUGGACCUGCGUCAUGUCACCACCAUCGAGCUGGUGGGGCAGCCCCCGCAUGAGGUGGGACGCAUCCGGGAGCACCAGCUGUCCCUUGGCAUCAUCGAGGAGCUCAGGCAGUUCCUGCACCUCACCCGCUCCCACUUCAACGCAGUGCUGCUGGACAAGGCGGGCGCCGACCGAGAGCGCUACAUCUCUCCCAUCAGCCCUGACGAGCUCUUCGUCUUCAUCGACACCUACCUGCUGAGCGAGCGGGAGGCGGCACGGCGGGCACAGAGCGGGGACCCCUGCGAGUGAGGCAGCGCCAGGGACACCCCCCCCUCCGCCACCGCCGGCCUCAGGGGACAGACACCUUCCUUUCUGCUUUUCUAGUCGCCCACCGUAGAGGAGGACCAGGGUGCUGAGGACCUCCAGGGGAAGGGGAGCCCCUCUCCUGCUGUUCUGGCACAGAGAGGCGAGCAGGGACGGGGACCAUGUGCUGGCAGCAUCCCCACUGCCCAGCAGCCAGGAGCAGCCUCUGGCUGCAGGGCAGGCUGGCUCAGCCCAGCCAGGACCAUGGCAGGAGGCACUGGAGUGCCUCUGCCCAAACCCCAGGGCAGGGGGGAGACGGGGAGCCAAACACGGGGCUGCCAGAGCGGAGGAGAGUGGACAGGGCAGGCAGCGCAGGCAGGGCGACAGCCUCUAAUGCAGCAGCUUCACCCUCCCCACAGCUGUCCUCACCCCAUGCACACCCUGAACCCACUCCCUCCCCACCUGGGGUCAGCCCUGCCAGGCAGGCGCUGCUGCCAGGGUCCUGCCAGAAAGCCUGUAGUAAAAGCAAACAGCCCCAUGCUCAGCAAAGCCAGUGUGCAGUCCACCCCGAGGGCUCGCCCUCCCCACCCUACCUCUCGCUUCCCCUUCCACCAGCCAUGGGGCAACCCUUCCUGGGAACUGUUUUGGCAGUAAACUCAAAAUAAAUAAAUUUGUA